GCCAAAAUUGCAUAAACACAGAAAUUACAAAUUAAGGAGGUGGGGUCAGGUUUAGAGGCAUAAAAGGCCGAGCUGGUGCCCCUUAGCAUUGCUCUUCUAGAAGUAAGACAAGUCAAAAUAUGAGUGCUUUGGCAGCUCUUGUCACCCUCCUGCUCUGGGGGCAGCUUAUUGCUGUGGACAUCAGCAAUGAUGUCACAGAUAUUGCAGAUGACAGCUGUCCGAAGCCCCCUGAUAUUGCAAAUGGCUACAUGGAGCACCAGGUUCGCUAUCGGUGUAAGGAGUACUACACGCUGCGCACUGAAGGCAAUGGAGUGUACACCUUAAACAGUGAGAAGCAGUGGGAGAACGAGGUGACUGGAGAGAAACUUCCAGAAUGUGAAGCAGUGUGUGGGAAGCCAAAGAACCCAGUGGACCAGGUGCAGCGCAUCAUUGGUGGCUCUCUGGACGCCAAAGGCAGCUUUCCUUGGCAGGCUAAGAUGAUCUCCCGCCAUAAUCUCACUACGGGGGCCACGCUCAUCAGUGAACAGUGGCUUCUGACCACGGCCAAAAACCUCUUCCUGAAUCACACAGAGAAUGCCACAGCAGAGGACAUCGCCCCUACCCUGAGACUCUUCGUGGGAAAAAAGCAGCCCGUGGAGAUUGAGAAGGUGGUUUUCCACCCAAACUACUCCACAGUAGACAUUGGGCUCAUCAAACUCAAGCAGAAGGUGCCUGUCAAUGAGAGAGUGAUGCCCAUUUGCCUGUCACUGAAGGAUUAUGCGGAGGUGGGGCGCUUGGGCUAUGUGUCUGGCUGGGGGCGAAAUGCCAACUUUAGAUUUACCGAGCGUCUCAAGUACGUCACGCUGCCUGUUGCUGACCAGGACGAAUGUGUGGAGCACUACGAGGGCAGCACAAUGCCCGAGGAGAAGACCCCGAAGAGCCCUGUAGGGGUGCAGCCCAUCCUGAAUGAAAACACCUUCUGUGCUGGCAUGUCCAGGUACAAGGAGGACACGUGCUAUGGUGAUGCUGGCAGCGCCUUUGCCGUUCAUGACCGGGAGGAGGACGCGUGGUAUGCAGCUGGGAUCCUGAGCUUUGACAAGAGCUGCACUGUAGCCGAGUAUGGCGUGUAUGUGAAGGUGGCCUCCAUCCUGGACUGGGUUCAGGAAACCAUGGCUGACAACUAAUGCAAAGCCGGCUGGAAGCCCUUGACGGUAGCAAGAUUUUACCCUGGAAGAGGGAAAGGUGGAUGGGGUAGGAUCGGUUCUGAAGCUGAUGGGCAUUAGCCCUCACUUCUGUGUCAAAUUAGUAAAGAGCCUGCUUUAGACUCAUUUCUGAGCCUGCUUUAGACUCAUUUCUGUACUGGUUUUGGUUGGGAGCCUUUUGUUCUCUCAUUUAGGAUACUGGGCAGCCAAGUGACAGUUUGCUGGGAAUAUGUAGCUCUGCACUUCUGUGUCAAUUAAUAAAGAGCCUGCUUUAGA